GCUGACUGUCCUUAGCUUCACUAUUCAAAUAGAGCCUGAUUUACAUUUUCUUCUCAUAUUACACAACUAUAGGUAGGACAAUGAUUCGUUGAGCUGGAGCUCAGUCUCUCCCCAGUUGGCUGGAUUGUACACGUCAGCAGUCAAUAUGUUGCAGCCAAGAUGUAUCAUAGUCCAAUGAUCCUCUUCCUGGUACGAGCGCGUUGACACAUUACACCUAGUUUACGGGGGUGGCAAAAAAAAACCUAACACAAGCGGCUGAAGCGACUGUCGCUAAUGACACGGUUUUGAAGUGGAAAGACGGUCUGGCGAGACGAGAAUCAGCCAUCAGGACAAGUUUGACAUCUGCUUUAAGGCGCGUCACGAGUCGUCGGGCUGUUUCUUACGAAGGCUGGAGUUUUACCGCACGAGGAAACAUUGUUUCACAAACAUGUUCACCGUGGAGACGCGCGAGAUAAGGUGAAUGAAAGCCACCGCUGUUGUCCCAAACUUGUUUGUACUUUGAGAAAAUGAGGUUCCGGCUUCUCAAAAAGAAUUUGCUCGCGCUGUUGGGGGUUUCCUUAAUAGUGGUGACUCUCCUGUUUUCAACGCGCGUGUUUUUAAUUUCCGAUGAUGAUGAUACAAGUGGAUCUAGUCCCGCCGGGCGCGGAGGUCAGGACACGCAUUGUGGUGACACGGUGAAGUUUAACUUCGGUUCGCUGCCAGCAUUGGGUCUGUCCGUUUUCAAUGCCAAUUACAAGCAGUGUGUCCAUAAUGCGGAUAAGUUUCCUGGAGAGCCCCAACUGGUGCUGGUUGUGCAGGUUCACAACAGGCCUGAAUACCUCAGACUGCUCAUCAAGUCACUGCAGAAAGCUGCUGAGGUCCACAGCUUCCUCCUCAUCUUUAGCCAUGACUAUAUUUCAGAGGAAAUAAACGCCAUUGUGCAAGGGAUAACUUUCUGCAAAGUAUUGCAAAUUUAUUUCCCUUUCAGCACUCAGCUGUAUCCCAGUGAGUUUCCUGGACAGGAUCCACGAGACUGCCCUCGAGACAUAUCCAAGGACAACGCUCUAAAAACAGGAUGCCUCAAUGCAGAACACCCUGACUCCUAUGGACACUACAGGGAGGCCUUCAUUACUCAAACCAAACACCACUGGUGGUGGAAAUUGCACUUUGUGUGGGAGCGAGUGCAGGCAAUGCAGGGCUACAGCGGUUUUGCAAUCUUUCUGGAGGAGGAUAACUACAUCUUACCUGACUUUUUCCAUUUCUAUAAAUCAAUGAUAGCGUUCAGGACGAGCAGCUGUCCAGAUUGUGACAUGCUGGCUUUGGGUAACCAUAACAGCCUGACUGAGUUUUCCAGACUGUCCAACAAGGUGUUGACCACUGGGUGGAUGUCUACUAAACACAACAUAGGCAUGGCCAUCUCCAGGGAGGUGUACUACAAGCUGAUGGGCUGCAACGACGAAUUCUGCACCUAUGAUGACUACAACUGGGACUGGACUCUGCAGCACCUCUCUGGAGCCUGCAUAUCAAAGCCCCUCAAAGUGCUUGUGGCGCAGGGCUCCAGGGUUCUCCACACAGGAGACUGUGGCCUUCACCAGAAGGAAAACUGCAGGCCAGAGUGGGCCUCGCAGAGGGUUGAGGAGGGCCUUCAAGUGGCCAAGGACGGCCUGUUUCCCCCAUCUCUUGUCCUCAGUGGUGCAGAAGCAGUGGAGCACAAAGCACACAUGAAGAACGGAGGAUGGGGAGACAUUCGAGACCAUAUUCUAUGCAAGAACUACGCCAAACGUCUUUGAACGUUUCUCUAACUGAUAUGGGUGAAAUGUUCAUUAGUAUUGUGCAGAUGUGCCAUUCAUACACAACGUUUCAGGGUCUCAGAGGGUGCAGUGGGUUGUGUUUUCACUUAGUGUAUUAAUGUUGUCUUCCAGCGAGGUCUUCAAUAACGUGGACCAACACGAGUCAAGAAUGUUGCAUGUGCACAGCUAGAUAUCAGCUUGUCUUAAAAUUUAAAAAAAAACAAAAAACACAGUUGCCAAAGACUUUCUUGAUGUUUGUGUCAGUGUAUGAAGUAUGCUAGCUCACCAUCACCAGGUUUGUUUAUCUCUGGGUGUCUUUCAUGCCAAAACAUUAGAUAAAAAUUUUUUUGCACAGUGAUGGGAAAUAGGAGUAAACUAUAUCAGUGUGCAUAUUAGCAGACGGUAAUUUGCAAUUUUAUUUGCAAAUAUAUUUUCUUGACUGAGAGCAAAGCACAGAAUGUAGUUUAUUCACAAGAAGGUCAAUGUGUUAGUGUAUGUGGAAUUAAUUGCAUUGCUUUUAUGAACCAUUCAAUUGCAGUUUUUUUUUAAUUAUUUUUUUUUACAUGUGCUUUUUUUUCCUGGUACGAUUUUUAAGUGCAACAACAAAAAAAAGAACAUGUAGUGUACAGGCUUAAAGGUCUAUCAAAAUGUGUAUGACAAUCUUAUAUGUAAUAGGAAAGCUGUAGCUUACAGUUUGUUUUUAAGUUGACCGUUUAGUGUCAAAAUGAUUUCAUGCGCAUAACAGAAUUUGCGUUACUGACUGUAACCUUCACUUUCUGUUUGUUAUAACCAGGGGUCUUUUAUUGAGGCGAGUUCAACUGACACCACUUAAUCAGUCUCCUGCUCCUCGCUGUAUCGACCUGCAGUUGCAACAACGAGAGCUGGCUUGAUCAUAGAUAGAUAUUUUUUUCCUUUUGGUUGUGACUGUAUAUUUGCUUUCUGAUAGGUGGAAAGUGACCUUUUGGAGUGUUGUUCAAGAGCUUUCGUCAACAUCAGGGUCAUCUGUGUCAUUCUGUGUUUCUCAAUUUGCACCUUUUUUUUUAUUAUUAGAAUUAAUGUUGGGUUAUAACAUCCAGAUGAAAACAGAAUGCUUUGCAUUGGAAUGUUACAAAAAGGAAGGACAUGUUCCUUUUUCUGGCAUUCAUUCAAUAGUUUGUGAAUAGAUAUCCCACUAUAGCUGAAGUUAUCUUUUUACAGUGUAAAACAAUGAGAAAAUAUGCAUAUUGCAGAAGGCUUGAUGAUGCUAUUAUGCCUUAAAGCUGACCAAAAGUACCUUCUGACUGUUCCUUUGUGCCUAAACUUGUUUUUAAGACAUUUGAAAUGGUGCACUGAUAACAUUGUUGUUGACCAAGUACUUACAUGUGUCCGUCAAUGUUGGGGACUUGCACUUCCCCCGAUGCAUAGUUUUGACAUAUGUUGAGGGGAAAUGGAAUGUGAAUGUUAAUUUCACAGAAAUCUUUAAUUGUACAAUCAGGAAAAAAGUAAUGUACAAUGACUCACUUGGCUAUCUUGUAACAAGUGACAGUGGCUACCGACAAGUGGUUUAAACUGAAACUGGUGGACAUCAGUGUGCUUUGUGGAGAUUCCUUUUCAUGAAAUAUGAAUUUAAUGUGAUCAUGAGAUCAAUUCUGUUUUAUGUUGAAAAGGACAAUGGAUUCUUAAGGAACAUGACAAAGAUCUACUUUGUAAAAAACACUUUCUCUGGCAUGUGUGUAUGUACAGUAUUUGGGUUUGUUUGAUUCCUUAGUUGGGGAGAUGUACACAUGUUGAGAAACUUAAUGUUUGCCAAAUGGGGGGGGGAAUAAAAGGCUGAAUUUAAUUGUGUCAUCGUUAAACAAUAACUAACAGUUUUUACAGGUCGCAUAUUUAUUAUGAACUUACAGGUAACUAUAAUUUCUUGGAGCGGUUUCCUGGAUUUUAUUUUUCUUUGGUCUAAUGGAGACAGUGUUCAGUGGGUACACUCGAGUUAAUACCCAGGUCAUUACACAGCAUUGUUAACUGAAAAUACAGUCUGUCUACAUGCAAGCAUACAGUGUCUGUUAUUUGUUAUUUUAGCAGUUCUUUAAAAGUUGUCUAAAAGUCAACAGCUGCUCAACACAACAAAUUAAACUUGGAUAAACCUGAA